GUGCUACCUUUAAAAAUCCCUUUUAGGAUGGGGAACAGCAUGUCAUCAUCAUCUUUGGGGAAGCCAGGAACUGCUCCUGCAGAUCAAAUCCAGGAAACAAUUUCUGAUAAUUGCGUGGUGAUUUUCUCAAAAACAUCUUGUUCUUACUGCACAAUGGCGAAGGAGCUUUUCCAUGGCAUGGAUAUUAACUACAAAGUGGUGGAGCUGGACAUGCUUGAGUAUGGGAGCCAGUUUCAGGACGCUCUCUACAAAAUGACUGGGGAAAGAACCGUGCCAAGAAUAUUUGUCAAUGGAACUUUUAUUGGAGGUGCAACUGACACUCAUAGGCUUCACAAAGAAGGGAAAUUGCUUCCACUGGUUCAUCAGUGUUACUUAAAAAAAAGGAACAAGAAUUUUAGUGAUAGUAAAAUGUCAGUUAUUUAAAGUAAUAAUGCUUUUUGAAUGUUUGAGGAUGUUUAAAUAUGUGAAUCAUCUUCAUGAAAAAGUUGUAAAAAUAAUGAAUAAAUCACUGUGGAAACCUCA